CAUGUCCAGCACCUCUCGGAAACUAGCACAGCCAGGCCAUCUGUCUCGUGGAACAUCGGAGGAUGAUCGCGACGUAAUGAUUGCUUGAUGUUUGAUUCGUAGAAAUCUCUUUCGGGCUCGCACAUGCGGCAGACAUCCUUGCGAUCAGACACCUCCGAACCCCUCGAAACCUCCGUGCAUUCCUCCAUGCAUUCAUCAAUCGGAGUUCCAUAUCGAUCCGCACGCAGCCAUACGCGCGCUGCGGCGACGGCGGGGUCGAGGCCCAUGUUGUUCCCGCUGAUGACUGGAGGAGGGGAUACGACGCCGCCAGAGUCGCACACUUCGUUGGGGGGUCCGAAGCAGCUGCCGAAUGUGGUUAUUGUUGAGGGGAUAGAUGCUGCUAGUAGAUCUGUUUACAGCGCUUUGCAUGAAGUGAUAGAACGAGGACAAGUGACGGAUCGGAACUCGGUGUUCCCAUGCCCGAACCCAUUCCUCAUCAUUGGGAUAACAUCCCCAUCCGCUCGCGAGCAAGCGAUACCCCAACAAUUGCUAGACAAGUUCUUCCUCUGCCAUACUCUCGCAGCUCCACCCUAUCGAUGCAUCGUCACGUAUCCACUCAAAGUGCCAUUACUGAGAUUCGACGACUUCGAACGAAUGACCCAGAGCGCAUCUUUCGUCUACAUGCACGCCGACGUGCACUCCUAUCUCCGGGACCUCAUUACGGCACUACGAAACCACCCAUCCGUAGGCGCCGGGGUCUCGCCUAAAUGCGGAACGGAUCUCAUGUACGCGGCUCGCCUGCUGGCCCUCAUAUCCGGCAACCAAUCCAUAACUCCCGAUCAUGUCAUUGCCAUGACCGACAAGGUACUCGGUCAUCGCCUGACCCCGGCACAUCACUCAAUAUACGUGCCCCUCGAUGUUCGCCAGCGGUUCAAGGGGUUGUCGGGGUUGGAUAUCAUUGGUGAUGUCCUGAAUACAAUACCGGUCCCAAUAUGACCACUUCAGACGUAUGGCGACCCGGCGAGGCGACGCGUGAUCAUUAUUUGUACGCCUUUGCAACUUCGGUGACAUCGUUUAGGGUGUAAGUUGCCCCGGCAUCUUCUCGUGACGAAAGCCACGCGAUCACCUCGG